AUGCUGCUGCUGCUGCUGCUGCUGCUGAUGCUGAUGCUGCUGCCGCUGCUGCUGCUGCUGCUGCUGCUGCUGCUGCUGCUGCUGCUGCUGCUGCUGCUGCUGCUGCUGCUGCUGAUGCUGAUGCUGAUGCUGAUGCUGAUGCUGAUGCUGAUGCUGCUGCUACUGCUGCUGCUGCUGAUGAUGUUGGUGCAGGGCCCCUUGCACGUCAAGAGCUUCCGCCGUGCUGCUGGCUCAGGACGCCGCAAGCCUGCAAGCCCUCCUUGA